AUGGCCAUGGCCGGAGAAAAAGUUUCAAGGAAGUCAUCAAUUGGCUCCGGCAAGAUGGUGAUGAUGACGGUGGCCUUGAUGUUGGCUGUGGUUAUGCUUGGGGAAUUUCAACUGGGGAGGGCAGAUGAUCCGGUCAACAGGAAAUGUGUGAAGGAUUGUCUGGCCAAGUGUCAUUCCACCGAAGACCGAUGUUACUGCUUAUGCAUUACGAAAUGUCCCGGUACCAUACCUCCAGCGAGUCGAACUUCGCAAUGUCUGAAUGAUUAG